AUUGCAGAUCGUCCCCAGAGUCUUCGAGGAGUGAAUUCCGGCUGUACCUCGAGGUAUUCUCUUGAAAUCUGCAAGCCUUGUAACGGAUUCGUAGGGAGCUCUCCUCUUGUUGUGGAGAAUCCCCCUUGUUAUUAAUGUGAGUAUGAUUUUCAUCAAAUUUGGAUAGGGAGAGAUGAUUUCCUUCCGAAUAGAUGGCGCACAGCUGCACUGCAAAAACACCGGUGUUGAUUUAACACCAGCCUGUGCACUAUGGAAAUGAGUGAAGCUUCUAUAAGACUCUCUCCACCACCGGCCGCAGGGCGCUCUGUCAACGUGGCCGAAGCAGAGAGGGCGUAUCUUGGUGAAGGAUGGGAUCGAGCGGAAGCCCCCUCCAAACCUGAUGAACUCGGCGUGAAGAGUUUUGACUUUGAGUUGGCGACAAACCGUAAACAUCACAACACCGCAGACUAUGAGAUCAGGAACCUAUUUGUCAGGCGAGGGCAGCCCUUUGAGCUUACCGUCACUUUCAAUAAGGCCCCAAGAGAGGAGCUAUUGACGCUUCAGUUGGCUGUUGUUGGUUCCGAAGUUUAUUCUGAAAAUCGUGGAACGGUGAUUCGCUUGCCCUUCAGUCGGUCAGAGUCAGAGACCCGAGGCAAUUGGGGAGUCUAUGUUAGAGGCGUGGAUGGCGCCAAGUACUCCCUCUUGGUCAGCAGUCCACCGGAUGCCAUCGUAGGCCGGUACCUUGCCUCUGUCAUCAUAAAGGAUAAAGUGGAUGCAGAACCCAGAUAUUUCAAACAGACUGACCCGAUCUACGUGCUCUUUAAUGCGUGGUGCCGUGAGGAUGGCGUCCACAUGGACGGAGACACUGAAAAAUGGGAGUACGUUCUCAACGACUACGGCUUUAUCUUCUUUGGACAGGAUCAGCCUGGAAACCAGUUUGCUCGACCGUGGGUCUUUGGCCAAUUCGGAGACGUAACCACCAAAGUGGUGUUUGAUCUACUAGAAACAUGGGUCCGAGAGAAAUCUCGUCAUGACCCAGUCAUCGUUUCCAGAAUGUUCACCCAUUUUGUGAAUUCAUCUUCUGGGAGGGAUAAGCAAGGAUUGCUCGUCGGGAACUGGAGCGGAGAUUAUGAAGGAGGUGAAAAACCAACAACUUGGACGGGCAGUACCAAAAUCUUUGAGACGUACGCCAAGUCAGGCAAGGCCGUCAAGUACGGCCAGUGUUGGGUGUUCAGCGGUGUGCUGUGCACCGUCAUGCGUUGCCUUGGUAUUCCCUGCCGAAGUGUGACCAACUUUUCCUCGGCUCACGACACCGAUGCAAGCAUGACUGUAGAUACAGUGCUGGACGCAGAAACGGAAGAAGAGAUUGAUUAUCUCAGUCAAGAUUCUGUGUGGAACUUUCACGUUUGGAACGAGGCUUAUUUCAGCCGGCCUGAUCUUCCCUCCAUGAUGGGUGGGUGGCAGGUCAUCGAUGCUACACCUCAAGAAACUAGCGAAGGUCUUUUUCAGAUGGGGCCUUCGCCAAAAGCUGCCAUCAAGCAAGGCUUAACCUACCUGAAAUAUGACACCAAGUUUGCUUUUGCAGAGGUCAAUGGCGAUCGCAUUACCUGGUUGGCAACCAAAAGAGGAUUUGGACUUCCACCAGAAAUGACUAUAUUAUCUGAGAAGAAGAACGUCGUCGGGAAGUUCAUCAGUACAAAGAAACUCCCAUUGUUACCAGGCGGCUACGUGGGUCGAUGGCGGUGCAGGGAGGAUAUUACUCUCGAGUACAAAUUUGAAGAAGGGAGUGAAGAGGAACGCAAUGCUGUGGAGCGAGCCGUUUCAUAUGGCACAAGGCCAAACACUUACCGACCCGACAAAAAGCCCGACGACGUUGAAAUCGAGAUCAUGCUAGAGGAGGAGAGGCCCGUUGGAAGCGAUAUUGAAGUCAAGGUGGCGAUCGACAAUAAGAGCUCGGGUUCUCGAACUGUUGCUGUGAGCAUGAUUGCCUAUAUGAGCUUCUAUACAGGUGUGCUGAAAGGCAAGAUCAAGAACACAAAGAAAGAACUUACCGUUGCGUCUGGCAAGUCUACCCAUGUCCUUGAUGUUAUCACAGUGGGGCAGUACGCCGAGUUUCUGGUUGAUCUGGCUUGCAUGAAGUUCUCUGUCUUCGGGAAAGUCAAGGAAACCGCCCAACAGGUUGUGAGCCAAGAUUCUGUCUACCUCACCACCCCCGAUCUGAAGACCGAGUACAAGAUCGUAGGUUACGACGUCGAAGUCGAGACAGAGUUUGUUAACCCUCUGCCAUUCGAACUCACCAGGUGUACCAUCAACUAUGAGGGCGCCAAACUUGUGCGCUCAACGACAGCAUUCGUCAAUGAUGUUCCUGCAAAAGGCAUCUUCAAACACAAGAUGAGGUUUUCUCCGCAAGAGAAGGGAAAGAAGAAACUUGUCAUCGACUUUGACUCCAAGCAAAUUGGCAACAUCACAGACAUCGUGGAAAUAGAAAUCCCUUAGAGUUCGUGAAUCACCUCUUGUAUUAAAUUGGCAACAUCAGAGAUAUCGUCGAAAUAGAAAUCCCAUAGAGUUCGUGAAUCACCUCUCUUUUUAAAUUGGCAACAUCACAGACAUCGUCGAAAUAGAGAUCCCAUAGAGUUCGUAAAUCACCUCUUGUAUUAAAAUGGCAACAUCACAGACAUCGUUGAAAUAAUUAAAGAUCCCAUAGAGUUCGUAAAUCACCUCUUGUAUUAAAUUGGCAACAUUACAGACAUCGUUGAAUUAACAUCGAGGCUGUAAGUAAUGAUAGAUGUGCGCUAUUGUGAAUUUUGUGAAACAGUUUACUUUAUUUCUGUUACAAAUAAGAAAACGAAUUAUUGAAAAAAGGCUGAUUAUUGAAACUAGUUGCUCUUCCAAAGUGAUCUGUUGUCUAUUAAAUGCUGAAAAGGCAAAGUAUAUACAAGUAGACUUAUCCUAUUGCUGUUUUGGGUCACAAGGGCUGUUUUUUUCCUACCAGUACUCUACGAACUAAUAGUAGUGUGUGAAUUUGUAUUUUAUUAUAAAUUUGACAUUAACUUGGCAAUGUGGCACAUAAGUUUGAUGAUCAGACAGCAUUAAGUUGGCGAUAUGAUACGGAAAGUGCCUUGUUUACUUAAUACUGCAAGUUUAAGGUGAUGUAUUACAAUUAAAUAUUAUUUAUCUGCGUGAUAUAUACAUAUACAUUGCGGACAUGAAAUCAUUGCAUCUCUUCAUAUGUAUUAUCUUAUCAUAAUGUUAUGUUAAGUUGAAGCAAUACUAAUUUGUGUAUAUCUUUAAGAUGUAAAUUUGAUCAUGUUGAAGCAAUUUGCCAUUUUCUAUGUUUAAGCCAGCUUUUGAAAAUAUUCACCAUACGGGAGGUUUCACCAUGUUGUGAAUUUUCAGAUAUUCUUUUAAAAUAUAUCUCAUUUUGCAGAUUCCCUACGCACAAAUUGCAUUUAUAGAUUCAUAUUCAUGAAAUAUAGAUAUUAUAUGUACUUGAUAUUCAUUAUGAAGUCUUAUGAAAGAUUACAUUUUUUACAUCAACUCAUAAACAGUGAUGAAAUAACUGCAUUGAUUUUAUAUGAUGUCAUUUGAUAGUGUAGAAUUUAUGUUGGAAUAUUUUCAUUGCAUAUUUAUCGAAACAAAUCAGAUUUAAAGCCUAUUUAUUUUAUGAUCAAGAUUUAAAACCUAUUUAUACUGUUAUCGUUUCAUCUCUUUGAAAGACUGGGAAAUACAUGUAAGAUCAUUUGUUUUUCAUGAAAAUGAUGAGAUUAGAAAUGUAUCAUUUGGUGCUUUUCAUAAAACUCAUUUCUGGAAUUCAUCAUACUAUCAAACUACAUCAAGUGUUCAGGUGGCCAAACUGAAAUAAACAUAAGCCGGUGCUAAUUUUCAUAACAUUUUUAAAUGGCAUCUUAAAUGUUUAUGAAAGAUUUGAAUAUCCAGAACCCAGAUGCAUAUUAUUUAUUAUACAUAUCGAUAUACUUUUUUUGUAUUAAUUAAGUGCCACAUUUUGAUAUCUUGCAAUAUCGUGCACAAUUUAAGUAUUUGUGUUCAAAAUAUGAAUUAUACAAACUGUCUUAGUGGCCAUGCACCUGUCUAAAGUGAAUGAAACCUGUCUUUGAUUUUCACCAAUAUUGUCCUUUAUUUGAAAGGAAUAUGUGUUAUAGAACUCGUCUCUAAGGCCAAGGUGGGGGGGGGGCAUUUCCAUUGAUGAGUGGAUACCAGACGUGAACAUGGGGUUUCGGAAAGCACUAUGAACAAGUAUUUUCCAUAUUCUGAAACCCUACCCUUAACAAGUACUGUACAAUGUAUUUGAAACAAAAUGGUACCCUUGACAAAUAUUCCCUGAAGUGACCCCCUAAACAAGUACAGCCAAAUUUUAAUUUUUAUGUCACGGACAUGAUCGCGGACGUUGGCUUUAUAUACCUUUACUUACACUGGGUUUAGUACCGCCCCACCACCCACACUUCGCUCAAAUUGUACACAUAGUGUUAGGGCAAAAAGUGCAUCCUUUAAGCAGUUUAGUCUUCUGUACAUAUAUCCUCACAACUUUAACUGUAAACAUGUAGCUUUCUAGCAAAUUAUAUAUACCCUUUUAGCAGUAUUUUAGACACCAUUAUUUCAUACUGUACGUUACCUACAUAACGUGCCCAAUCUUGAAAAAGAGAUCCUUUUUACGUGUUUCUUUGGUUGCGCCUGGUAUUCACUUGUCAAUGGAAGUGGCCCCCCCCCCUCCCCCGGGAUCUGUCUGCAGCUGUCACUUUUUCUAAUUCCCUCAGGUGGCCUUAUAAAUAGACAGAUUUGAAUGUACAUGUAUGUGCUUAUGAAGUUAACAGUACUUUGGGAAUCAUUUUCCCCUUCCUUUGUCAGGUGUGGAGACUUGCUCAAUUAACCCAUUGCCUUUUAGAACUGGCUUGUCCCUGAAAGGGAAAUACAGAAGUCAGUAUGUGAUAUUUAUUAUAAGAAACUUAUUUAGGUUAUUCCUGUCAUUUCUGUUUUUUCUUUUAAAGAUUUUGUGCCACUGAUCCAAAUGAUAAUAAAUACAUUUGCUGUAGAAUUA